ACUGAUAAAAGCAAGAGUAACCAGUUCAGUAACAGAAUAAUUGGUUCUUCACCUCCCAGGAAGAACCACUUAUUAAUAUUUUCAUGACAUAAAUCUUCAGAACUGAGAUGCUGGAGAACUUCACAGGUGACGCGGGGAAUGAGUCCUUCUCCUGCCACAACCCCUCGGUGGAGGUCUACCGCUAUUUUGGCGUGCUGUGGGGUUCGGCCGUGACCAUAGUGGGAACGGUCGGGAACAUCCUGACCAUUCUGGCCUUCGCCACGGACACGCGCCUCCGGACACGUUUCAAUGUGCUCAUCGUGAAUCUGGCCCUGGCAGACCUGCUGUACUGCACCCUGCUGCAGCCCGUCUCCGUGGACUCCUACCUCCACCUCCGCUGGAGGGGCGGUGCCCUCUGGUGCCGUGUCUUCGGCCUCCUCCUCUUCCUCUCCAACUCUGUCUCCAUCAUCACCCUGUGUCUGAUUGCGUUCAGCCGCUACCUGCUGGUGGCGCGACGGGCUGUGUUUGAACGGGUGUUUUCGCUGCGGGGCCUGUUCUUUCUCCUUCCGAUGACCUGGGCCUUGGGUCUAGCCAGCUUUGGCCCGCUCUGGCCUGUCUACGUUUUUGCCCCGCAAGUUUGCACCUGCAGCUUCCACCGCACCAGAGGGCGCCCUUACACCACCGUGCUGCUCUUCUUCUACUUCUUCAUUGGCCUGGGCUGUGUCGGGCUGUUCUACCUGCUCAUUUACAGGCGAGUCAAGGUGGCGGCAAAGGCGCUGGUCAAGUACCGGUUCAGCCAGCGCUCAUCCAGAAAGAAAAAGCCCAAAUCCUCAGAACAGGGGACAGAGGGGGACAGCGGGCUUGGGAGUGGGGUGGCCAGCACCCAGAGCUGUGAGUUGAGCGGCCAGGAGGAACUAGCCCAAAACAAGUGUGGAGAGAAGGAAAGUCCUGGCCAGUCUUCCCUCUCCAACUUGGGCUCUGCUUCAAUUUCACAAUCAGCACAACCGGCAGGGGGACAGGGGCUCCCUCCCACCCACAUCCCUGCACCCCACGUGGCCACUCCUGCCCCAAUCACUGCCCCCCCCCCCUCCACCUCCACCGCCGCCUCUUCAGGGGACAGCAGUGAGUUCAGGCGUGUGACCCGGAUGUGUUUCACUGUCUUUGUGUGUUUCGUCUGCUGUUUUGCCCCGUUUCUGCUAGUGAACAUCGCUGAUAAGCAGAAUCGUGCCCCACAGCUGCUCCACAUGUUCUGUGCCAACCUCACCUGGCUCAACAGUUGUAUCAACCCCAUGCUUUACGCUGUCAUGAACCGGCAGUUUGGACAGGCCUACAGGGCUCUGUUGGCAAAGGCCCUCACACCACUGACGCCUCUCACACGCCUCUGGACACAUUAACUUGAUAUGAACUUGACAUGGGCCAUGUAACCUGUGUGUUACUAAGUCAUAUUGUGCUCCUGAAUCAUUUUGUUUUUAUUAUUCGCUUGGCUACUGUGUGUAAAUAAAUCCGAUUUUGUGUGUAAAUCCGAUUUUGUGUUUUAAUUUCAGGCUGUAAGGCAACAAAAUGUGAACAUUUUGAAAGGGGGUGGUGACUUUCAUAUUGGUAUGGAUGUAAUGAAAGUAGUCAUAUUGGUAUGGAUGUAAUGACAAUAGCCUUAUUGGUAUGGAUGUAAUCAUAGCAGUGAUAUUGGUAUGGAUGUAA